AUGGCCACUUUCGCUACUAACAUGCCGCUCUCCCACGAGGACCAGUACAUCCUCGCAUCCAUCCUGCCUCCUAUGACUAGCAAAGUUGUCGCCGCAGCACCCGCUCGACUUUACCAGGCUGCAUUCGCCGCACCCAACGCUUGGUCUUCUACUGGCCGCAAGGGCGUUCUCGUCUUUGGCUACGACUCAACAGCGCGUUCGCGCUCUGCUGCUACCUCUGCGAAGCGAGUACACUGGCUUCGCCUCGUCGAUCUCCGACGCGGCUCUGUGCUCUGGGAGCACGAGCUGCGCGACAUUGCGGAGUACGAAGCGGACAAGCCGUUCUUCCACGUCCUUACCAGCACCGCCUGCAUGUUCGGCUUCCGUUUUGAGGAAGACGAAGAUGCCGCCGCCUUCUUCGCUCAAGUUACGCACCGUGUUGGGGAGAUCCCCACAAAGAAGAGGCCCACACCAUCUCGCGCAUCCUCUUCUUCGAGCGUGCCCACCGUUUCAAAGCCCGCCAGCAGCAAGUCGCCCUCGCCGCUUCCGGAACUUAGUCUCGACGACGGAACGGCCGAGUGGGGCAAGCUUGUCUCACGGCUCGAGAACUACGGUAUCGAGGCGGAGCUCGUCGAGGAGAACAUCGAGUUCGUGAAGGGCUUCCUCGCGGGCGCCGAAGUCGUGCGUGAGACCGUCGCGCACUCUUCAUCCCGAAGCUCCGCAUCCGGCUCGCCUAAGAGCACUACGCAACCUUCGCUGAAGGGCUCCGUGCAAUCCUCGCCCCAAACUACCUACUCGCCUGCGCCUUAUUCGCGUGGAAGCUCUCAGUCUUCUAGCCUGGAGUCACUUGACGACUACUACAGCCAUGAACGGGGCGCUUCGCGAGCAGACUACUACCGUCACGCUCCUACCACGACUACAUCCAGCAGGCGCCCUGCCAUGCCAAAGCGAGCUCACUCCGACUACUACCGCCACUGA